AUGGGCGGACCAAAGAACUUGAACUUCACAAUUAAUCGCCGUCAGAGGGAUAAGUUGAACGGUGAAGAUGCCGUCAGCAAGCCCGAGCCUCAUAACCGCCAAGUGCAAGGAAUAUCCAAAUACUUGAUUGCUUUGUGCUCCAGCGUCAAAUGCCUACGAUUUCGCAGAGAGAAGCGGACUGCGCAGUCUGUCCAGGAUGACUCAAGCCACUGGACGGACGGACUUUUACUGCGAGCUAAGGGGUUCGCUGUCAUCUUUCUGAUCAAUAUGGCUUUCAUAGCUGUCGCGAUCGGCCUAUUAAAAAAAUACGACGACGACCGGGGCUUUCUGAAUGGAGCCGUGAUCUAUGAAGGUAGCUGUACAUUGACUAAGAGAUGGUCGACAGCACUUCAUCUGAUCAUUAACAUUCUGAGCACAUGA